CCUUCAGCUGUGAUUGGUUGGAAUUAUCCAUCGAGCGCGAGGAAAACUGACGUUGGAACCAGAGCUGCGCUCCUAUUUCAAAGUUUAGUUGACGUUAGUUAAAGUGUUUUAUUCAACAAACUCGAACUUCGAGUUAAGGGUUUAAAGUCUUUUCCCAGACAUAAACCUCCCUCAAGCAGUUAGGCUGCAGGCACAGAGAGACUGAGAGAUCACCUGAAACAAUUUCUUCUCUCCAAUCAUUACUGGCAUGGAUUCUCCUGUAUACUGGCUGAAAGAUGAAUGCUUGCCAGAAAUUACCUUCCUUGAUGAUACAUGUUAUUCAGAUCACAGUAUGAGUGAUAAAGAAAAUGACUCUGAUGUCCACUCUCCUGUAAAACAUAAUGGGACAACAGCUUCAGACUCUGAUGACAAGAUGGUUGACCUUUCUGAGAGUAUGUAUGCUCCCGUUUGCUUUCUGGAUGUCCGAUACUUCCCAGAAAUAACUCUUCUUGAUGUUACGCGUGAUUCCGAGCUAUUACAAUUUGAGGAAUUAUCCUCCAUGGAGGUCAUACAGGAUAUUUCACCAGUGGAUAGUUUGAAAAACAGCAUGCCUCCCUCGGAGUUCAAUAACCAAAUUGUGGCAGAGCCUUGCAGAUCAGACAUGAUUCAAAGAGAAGAAUUGCCAAGUAGUACUCUUACUGGCAAUGUCACCCACACCACAAUCUCUUUUAGUGAACGAUCUGAUAAGAGUGAGGGGGGAGACAUUAGGCAAACCUCCUUGGAAGUAACUCAGGAUAUUUCUACAAGCAGUGUUUUGGAAAACAGCAGGCCUUCAUUGGAGCCCAGUGGACCAAACAUGGUGAAGAUUCAAACAUCAGCUGAGGAUACAUCUGCUAAUGUUACACACAACAAAAACUCCUCAAGUGACAUGGCUGUUCAGUGUGCUGCAUCACAGUUAUCUACAUCUGAUAUGCAGUGCAACACAAGUUUAAAGAAUGUCACCUUUGAGCUUUAUGUUGAACCUGUGGUGAACUCUAAUACUGUGGAAGCCAACAAUGAAGAGCUACUUACCAGCCAUGAUGUAGAGUUGACUAGCAAUGAGCCACAACCAAGGCCAAAAACAUCUGGGUUUGUGAACGGCGCGUUCACCUCCCUCCAGGCCGCGCAGUUGAGUUCCUCCACCGAUUUGAGCACCACUGCUCAAAUACAAUGCCCUCAGAAUAAGACCCUGGAUCUUCCCCAAUUUAAUGUAAACAGUCCCAAUGCGGUUGAGGCUACUUCGGUCUUUAAGAACAUCACCGAAACUUCCCUUGAAAUGAAUCAAAAUUGCUCCGCUGUAAAGACAAGUGGUCCAGGUGAUAUGCAGAACGCCACUUUUGAUAGACAUUCUCUUCAAAAAUCUAGUGUCAAUACUAUUUUAGGGGACGCUGGUGCUACAACCUUUUGCCUCCAAAACAACACUUUCGAUACUAAGCCUCCUCCGAAGCAGAAUGGCACAAUAACUUUGUCAGAAUCAGGCUCAAGUGACGGUAACCAGAACACCUUCGACAAGCCCUCUCCUAAUGCAACAAGUAGCCCUAAAGAAAACAAUUCUGAAGUCCACCAUCCUGAACCGUUUAGACAUAAUGGGACUACAGCUACAGACCCUAAUGCCAAGAUGGUUGACACCCCUGAGAGCACGUUUGAAGCUAAUCCAGCUGUUGCGGUGGCUUCUGGAGCUGGCCGACGUGACACUAAGGAUCAUUCACAAUCAGGUCUGCCUGUGACAAAUGGUCUUUCCAAUAGUUUGGGCCAUCAAAGCAUGGAUUUGGAAAAAAGCAAAGCAAACACAUUAAAUUGGGAUGAUACCCUAGAUUUAAAGGCAGACUCUUUGAUCACUUCAACACCAAUGACUAACCGUAAAACAUUCUUGCCGCAUCCAGCUGCUGAAUCCCUUUUGCUUCCUUCGAGUGCUGCAUCCCAGUUGUUGAAACACAAGCCGCCCUCUGCACUUCCAGGGAGGUUUGAGGCGUUGACAUUAGGCCUACCCAUGACGAGACAAAGAACCCUAGCCGAAGCUUUGAGAUAUACUUCUGCUUCUGAUCCUCCCCAGACCACAGGAAUAUCCAGCUCUUACAAGUUACGUGCGACAACAGGAUCCAAGCAACCUCAUUCAGGCUUGCAGAGACCGCAGUUGAGUGGCAUACUGUCAGGCAUCCAGAGAGCUGCAACAGGUCUCAGGCCGCAAUCAGUGAGAAACAACACAUCAGCUUCUUUAAGCUCUAAUAAACUUUGUGGACCUACUACAGUAGCUACUAACCCUAUGACGAAGACUUCACAAGCAAAUAAGCAACGCUUAACCAGAGGGGAAGCUAUGCCAAUAGCAAAGAGAAAGAAAAUUGAUACUCCCUUACCGUAUGGUAGUGGUGAAACCUCACCAUCUUCCUGUGAUGCUGCAAAUGCAUCCAAAAACCUGAAACGGCCCACAACCAGUAAGAGAGCUUUGCCAGCUAAAAACCAAAGGGAUGAUGCUGCAAUGGGAGCCAGUACUGCUGCUGAAAUCUCAACCUCUUGCGAUGCUGUUAGCAGAGCGAAACUGAAACUGCCUGCGAGCAGCCACAAAGCUCUGCUCGCUAAACCCCAAGGCCAUGGUUGCGCCAACUGCGUCAUGCUUGAACAACAACUCAAAAUGCAAUCAGAAGAAAUAAGGAAACUGAAUGAAGAGCUGCUGAAGAAAAGUCCAGUGGCCCCUGGACAUCCAGGACAAGGGCCCAUGAUGAGUGGAGGUCCGACCUUACAGCAGGUCACCAUCGGUGGUGGUUCAAGCCAACAAGCAGGAAAGAUGCUGAGCAGCAUCAAGACAAACCUCAAAUCUGCACCCGGCUCAAUGCAUCCUUACAACCGAUGAGCUCCUUGUUUCUUAAUUCACUAGUUAAGUCAUUAGUCCACUUCUUACUCUGGAAGUUAUGCAGUAAUGUAAAGUAAUGUUUCAUCUGUGAUAUUUUAAUAAAUAUGUGAAGUAUCUGAAGAGUGAA